UCACCCCGCUUCCCCGGGAACAAUAGGAAAGUCUGGAGGGCCGGGAGCACAGGACAAUGCUGCUGGAAGGAAUGUGAGCCACAGAGCAUGGUUGGUGCCACAGUUAUCCAGGUGCUGAGAGCUGUCUGCAAACGGCUUUGUCGAUGAAGGAAGAAAUUGGUUGGGACUUGAGAGCACAAACCAGUUCCUAACACACUUCACCAUGCGCAAAGGGGUGCCAAAGGACCCAGAAAUAGCUGACCUGUUCUACAAAGAUGAUCCUGAGGAAAUAUUUGUGGGUUUGCAUGAAAUUGGACAUGGAAGUUUUGGAGCAGUUUACUUUGCUACAAAUUCCCACACUAAUGAGGUGGUGGCAGUCAAGAAGAUGUCCUAUAGCGGAAAGCAAACGAAUGAGAAAUGGCAGGACAUCAUCAAAGAAGUCAAGUUUCUCCAACAGCUGAAGCACCCCAACACCAUAGAGUACAAGGGCUGUUACCUGAAGGAGCACACGGCAUGGUUGGUUAUGGAGUACUGUUUAGGAUCAGCUUCUGAUUUGCUAGAAGUUCACAAGAAACCACUGCAGGAAGUGGAGAUCGCUGCCAUCACCCACGGUGCCUUGCAGGGGCUGGCCUACCUGCACUCCCACUGUAGGAUCCACAGGGAUAUUAAAGCUGGAAAUAUUCUUCUAACAGAACCAGGUCAAGUGAAACUCGCUGAUUUUGGAUCUGCAUCUAUAGUGUCCCCUGCCAACUCUUUUGUGGGAACGCCUUACUGGAUGGCACCAGAGGUGAUCCUUGCUAUGGAUGAGGGACAGUACGAUGGGAAGGUGGAUGUCUGGUCUCUCGGGAUCACGUGCAUCGAGUUAGCUGAAAGGAAGCCUCCACUUUUCAACAUGAAUGCAAUGAGUGCCUUAUAUCACAUAGCCCAGAACGAUUCCCCUAGAUUACAAUCAGAUGAAUGGUCAGACUCCUUUAGGGGAUUUGUUGAUUACUGCUUACAGAAAAUACCUCAGGAAAGGCCAUCAUCAACGGAUUUGUUACGGCACGAUUUUGUCCGCCGGGAGCGACCACCCAGGGUGCUCAUAGACCUCAUCCAAAGGACCAAGGAUGCAGUGAGGGAGCUGGACAACCUGCAGUACCGGAAAAUGAAGAAAAUCCUGUUCCAGGAGACACGGAAUGGCCCCCUGAAUGAGUCCCAGGAGGAGGAGGAGGACAGUGAGCAUGGAUCAAACCUGAGUAGGAAGAUGGACAGUCUGGGCAGCAACCAUUCCAUCCCCAGCAUGUCUGUGAGCACAGGCAGCCAGAGCAGCAGUGUGAGCAGCAUGCAGGAGGUCCUGGAUGAGAGCAGCCCUGAGCUGGUCAUGAUGCAUAGUGACGAGAGCACCAUUAAUUCCACCUCCUCCGUUGUUCACAAGAAGCUGCUAGUUGGCUGUAACUUCCAAAAAUGUUUUGUGGUCACAGGGAAAUUCAGAUGCCUGGCUUGGAUGAGGAAGUUUUCCUUGCCCUGUUGCAGGUUCCAGGAUCAUGUAUUUAUAAGGGAUGAGGUGGGCCACAGGGAUCGCAGGCCUGAGGUGCGGCCUACCCAGUCAGUGCAGAAUCAGGCCCUCCACUACCGGAACCGAGAGCGCUUUGCCACAAUCAAAUCAGCAUCUUUGGUUACAAGACAGAUCCAUGAGCAUGAGCAGGAGAACGAGCUGCGGGAACAGAUGUCAGGAUAUAAGCGGAUGCGGCGCCAGCACCAGAAGCAGCUGAUCGCCCUGGAGAACAAGUUGAAGGCUGAGAUGGACGAGCACCGCCUCAAGCUGCAGAAGGAGGUGGAGACACAUGCCAACAACUCGUCCAUUGAGCUGGAGAAGCUGGCCAAGAAGCAAGUGGCUGUGAUGGAGAAGGAGGCAAAGGCAGCUGCAGCAGAUGAAAAGAAAUUCCAGCAACAGAUUUUGGCUCAGCAAAAGAAAGACCUGGCGACCUUUUUAGAAAGUCAGAAGAAACAAUACAAGCUUUGCAAGGAAAAGAUUAAAGAGGAAAUGAACGAGGACCACAGCACGCCCAAGAAAGAGAAGCAAGAAAGGAUAUCCAAACACAAAGAGAACCUGCAGCACACACAGGCUGAAGAGGAGGCCCAACUUCUCACCCAGCAGAGACUCUACUACGACAAAAACUGCCGUUUCUUCAAGAGAAAAACGAUGAUCAAGAGGCACGAGAUGGAGCAGCAGAACAUUCGGGAAGAGCUGAACAAGAAGCGGACGCAGAAGGAGAUGGAGCACGCGAUGCUGAUCCGGCACGACGAGUCCACACGGGAGCUGGAGUACCGGCAGUUGCACACGCUGCAGAAGCUGCGCAUGGACCUCAUCCGGCUGCAGCACCAGACUGAGCUCGAGAACCAGCUGGAGUACAACAAGCGGCGGGAGCGGGAGCUGCACAGGAAGCAUUUCAUGGAGCUCCGGCAGCAACCAAAGAACCUGAAGGCUAUGGAAAUGCAGAUCAAAAAGCAGUUCCAGGACACAUGCAAAGUGCAAACUAAGCAGUACAAAGCACUGAAGAAUCACCAGCUGGAAGUAACUCCAAAGAGUGAGCACAAGACAAUUCUGAAGAGCCUGAAGGACGAGCAGACGCGGAAGCUCGCCAUCCUGGCUGAGCAGUACGAGCAGAGCAUCAACGAGAUGAUGGCCUCGCAGGCGCUCCGGCUGGAUGAGGCCCAGGAAGCAGAAUGCCAAGCCCUGAGACUGCAGCUCCAGCAGGAGAUGGAGCUGCUCAAUGCGUACCAGAGCAAAAUUAAGAUGCAGACAGAAGCACAGCAUGAAAGGGAACUCCAAAAGCUGGAGCAACGGGUGUCGCUGCGCAGGGCACACCUGGAACAGAAGAUCGAAGAGGAGCUCGCCGCUCUCCAGAAGGAACGCAGCGAGAGGAUCAAGUUUCUGUUGGAAAGGCAGGAGCGAGAGAUUGAGACGUUUGACAUGGAGAGCUUGCGGAUGGGCUUUGGGAAUUUGGUCACAUUAGAAUAUCCCAAGGAGGACUAUAGAUGAGGUUAAAUUUCUUUGCCAUUUUAAAAAAAACCAACACAAAAAGCAAACAAAGUAAGGAUAAAACUUGCAAACCCAACAUUCCCCAUGUUGACGGGCGUGCUCUCUCUCUUUCUGUCUCUCUUACUGACAUCGUGUCGGACCAGUGCCUGUAUAUUCUUACUCCAUCAGGGGCCCCUUUCCCCCGUCACGUCCCGGUGCAGGACAGCUCCUGGCAGUCUUUUCCAUAGUAUGUCACAGUAUUGAUGUCUCUGUGCAAUGAUUAAAAAUGUUUCAGUGAAAACUUUGGAGACAAUUUUAAUGGAGAAAAAAAAAAACCAUAAAAAAAAACCAACCCAAGUGGAUGUAUGUUGCUUUUGAGCAAUCACUCAUUUUACCACCAAUCAAUGAAAGUACAAGCAAAAAAAUAUUAAUAAUUAAAAGAUAUCUACGAUCCCAGGGGGAGAGAGACUGAAUCCGCAGCCUUACCUUAACUAGCUGCUGCAUAAUUUUAUUUUAUUUUUAUUUUUUUGGUAUUUAUUCAUCAGGAAUAAUUAAAUAAUAAAAUUUUAUUAAAGAUUGAAAAAAAUUUGAUACAUUUUACAGAAAAAAAACCUUAAAUCGUGCUGUACAUAUCAGUGGUGACAUAUUAUUACUUUUUUGGGGGUGGGGAGGGGCGGGGCAAUGACGUGGUGAUUUUUAGGAGAACCAUGCCAGGGGCAGCAGGGACGAGCCCGGGCCCCUAGGCAUAUUCUUGAUUGUAUCAUAAAUCAUUUUCUGCUGUCGCAGAGAAUGUGAAUACACUUAAAUGAGCCCACAGGAUCCCAGUAGCACAAAUUGGGCUUUGUCAAAUCGUGUAUUUUGUGUAUAGAAGGAAUUUAAGGAGAGCUUUUACUUAUUUUCAUAUUGUAUUUUAACUGUUUCUCUGAUCAAAAAUUUUUUUACUUCUUUCCCCCGCUCCUGUCCCGCUCCAGCCACUCCCCACUCUCCAGUUCCGUUCCAGAGCUCAACACUGUCUGUUAGAUCAUCCCAGCCCUUUUCAGUUUUUCUUUUAUUUGUUUUUUGGGGGUUUUUUUUUGUUCCUCCCCCAAGUCCACCCCCAACCCCAUGAUCUUGGACAUAAAUAUUGCAUUAUUCACACUUUCAAACUGUGUAUUUUCUUACAAUAAAAAGAGGAAAAAAAAAAGGCUUUACUUCUUUUGCAUGCACUUUAAAAAAAAACCAACAAAAAAAAAGGACAAAAAAACCAACAAAACAACAAAAACAUUUUUCAGGUUCCAGGGAAGAGCAUGAAUAACUGUCAGAGCUUUUAAUUAUAUUUGUAAAUAAAAGUGUUCAUCACAA